GACUGACUCGCUUACUCACACCAAAGUUAAAGUUUCUGGGCGACAUCAUUGGGUCGUAGAACCCGACUUUCGUGCCCCAAGCGCCGCCUGCGUCGACACCAUUCUCUGCAAGACUUGUGACGCGCCGACAGCGCACGACCGCAGCUCUAUAGUCCUAGGACACCGCCCUUGACACCUUAAUAGCAUACGCGUGGGCUUCGGCGACGCUCACGACCGGGGGCCAACUCCCGACGAGCCAUCCGCGGCACGUCGCUCCCGACCCCGCGCCGACGGCGGGAGUCCCGGAGUGCUUCGGUCGUUAGCAGCGCCUGCGCAGCAGUCGCGCCCUUGAGCCGGCGCCCGCUGCAUCCUAGCGGCCCAUAGACACACACAAGCGCCACCGUGCCAGCUUGCGGAAGCCGCCCCAGGCAGCCCUAGCCCCACAGCAGCAGCCGCACCUGUGAAGAACAGCAACCACCAGCCAUGCCUCCCUCCAAAAAGGAAGCCACGGCCAACGGCGCCGCCGCCGCCGCCGACGCCGAAGUGGAGGCGGAGGCCCCUCCGCCUCCCGCUAAGAAGCUCAAGCCCGCGCCGCCGCCGCCGGCGGCGGGCACCGCGGGCGGCUACCCGCUGGAGCCGGGCAUUGUCAACCCGGAGACGCUGGCGACGGCGCAGGAACAGGCUGUCAAGUACCAGAAUGCGCAGCCGUACAAACACACCACGCUGAUCAACCCCUUCAACCCCGACCUGCUGCGCCAGGUUCGCGAUGAGAUCAUCAACAACAUCAACGCCACCUACAAGGAGACGGACCUGUUCAAGCUGUUCCAGACGGGCGACAUGGGCAAUCUGGACCAGCUGGAUCCCGACACGGCCGCCAAGCUGCCCGGCCUCAUGAAGCUCAAGCGGGCGCUGUACAGCGACGAGUUCCGGGCCAUGGUGACCACCGUGACCGGGUGCGGAGGUCUGCACACGCGCACCGACUGCUCCUGCAACGUGUACGCCUACGGCUGCCACCUGCUGUGCCACGAUGACGUCAUCGCCAACCGCCGCGUCAGCUGGAUCAUCUACCUGAGUGACCCCGACGAGCCCUGGACGGCGGAGGACGGUGGGGCGCUGGAGCUGUUCCCGCUGGUGGACGGCGACAAGCACACGCCCGCGCCCAACCCCUCCGUGUCGCACCUGCCCACCUUCAACACCAUGGCCUUCUUCACCGUCACGCCGGGCGUGUCGUUCCACAGUGUUCAGGAGGUGUUCACGGACUCCAAGCCGCGCAUGUCCAUAUCGGGCUGGUACCACGGCGACACGCCGCCGGAGGGCGCCGACAAGGCGUCUCUGGCGCAGCUGCAGCAGCGGGUGCGGCAGGAGGCCGUGGUGGCGCACACGCCCAUCGAGGGCGGCGAGGGCGCGUUGAGUGAUGAGGACCUGGGCAAGCUCAUCCGCUGGGUCAACCCGGUGUAUCUGGACGAGAGCUCCUGGCCCAAGAUCCAGGCCCGGUUCGCGGAGGAGGGCAGCGUGCAGCUGCACAACUUCAUCAAGAAGGGCGUGGCGGAGAAGAUCGUGGCUGCCUGCAUCGCCGAGGACGCUGCCGACCGGCUGGGCGCCAAACAGCUGCCUCGCUACGAGGCGGGAUGCAGGGACGGAUGGGCGCCCGCGGGCCCGCCGCACAAGCAGCGUUACCUCCGCUACGGCGGCGCCGGCGAGCCCGGCGAGGGCGAGGGCGCGGGAGCGCUGCUGGAGCGCGUGCGGCGGCAGCUGCUGUGCACGCCGGCCUUUGCGCGGCUGCUCAAGGCCUUCACCUCCAUCACCAUGCUGGGUCAGGCGGGAGAGACGCGGCGGUUCCGGCCAGGCAUGGACUACACGGUGGCCCACUAUGGCAUCCUCACCACCGACCCGCGACUGGACGUGGUGCUCACCUUCGUGGACGACGCCACGGACGAGGCAGCCAGCGCCUGGCAGGCUGGCGAGGUGGGCGGCUUCGAGGCCUACCUGCUGGCGGAGGAGGAGGCGCACGAGGGCGGCGCAGAGGAGGUGUACCGCGUCAACGCCGACGCCGAGGAGAGCGGCGUGCUCAACGUCAACGCCGCCGCCAACACACUCAACCUGGUGCUGCGGGACGAGGGACUCAUGCGCUUCGUCAAGUACGUCAGCUUCGCGGCGCCAGGCAGCAGGUGGGAUGUUGCGAUGGAGUUUUUACCAGAGGAUGACUCAGACGACGAGGAGGAGGGGGAGGAGAAGGAGAAGGAGGGGGAGCAGGAGAAGGAGGAGAAGAAGGCAAAGGGGGGCAAGAAGGCGGAGGAGGAGAAGGAGGGGGCGAAGGGCAGCAGGAAGGGAGGCGAGGCAAAGAAGGCUGCACGCAAGGGGCGCAAGGCGGCCGCGGAGGAGGAGGAGGCGGAGGAGGCAGCGGAGGAGUGUGAUUGAACGGGGGGCGUUGGGGUUUGACUGUGGUGGGUAUGAACACAUACGGGAACACACACGUCGCCGCAAAGAUUGCUUGCAUGCAUACGGCAAGUGUGCCCGGGAGGCGGUGCGACGCCGGCGGAUGCGACGCAUCCAAGCGUGUCCCUGUGACUGCCUGACUGGCUGACUAGGCGUGCAUGUUAACGGCCGGCCCAGUUGCCGUCCAGUCAUGUCCAUCGUCGUGCUGGCGGUUGAAGGGCUAGUGGGUCAGUUGGGGUGGGAUUGUAAUUGUUUUGUGAAAGCACUUUCCAGGAUGAAGUUAGUGCGAUGAGAUUUUGCGGACGCGCGGUAUCAAUGCUAGGAUAUUGCAGUCAUGCCGGAGGAUCCACUGCCAUGCGGUGUUCCAGAAUUGAUGACUGUGGCCGUGGCCGUGUCCGCACACGCGUGGGUGGCGAGCAAGGGCGUGGGUGGGAAAGAUAGAUGGGGGCAGCAAUCUGACGCUCCUGCUCCUGCCUGCCUGUGGAAGCGAAAGCAAGUGUGCUGCUGCAGAGUAUGGAAGGCAUGUAACGCAACGUGCAA